ACCAUAUGCACUACAAGGAGAAUGCCACUUGAUGCUGCUGUAUAUAUAACACGUGAUUAAUGAUAUGAUGCUUGUUGGAGUUUAAAAAAUGCCAGCCAAAAUAAGAAACAAUGUACUUACAUACGAGGGCAGUAAUUAUCUCAGAUAUCGUUUGGUAUUAUCCACAUUAUCUGGGAAGCCAGUAAGAAUAAUAGAUAUCAGAACAAAAGAUGACAAUCCUGGUCUUAGAGAAUAUGAAGUUAGUUUUAUCCGUUUGUUGGAUAAAAUUACUAAUGGCACAAAAAUUGAAUUAAAUGAAACUGGUACCAGCAUAUAUUAUAAUCCUGGUUUAUUGAAUGGUGGUGAAUUAGAACAUGACUGCAGUGUGCAAAGAGGUAUUAGCUAUUACUUGGAAGGAAUUAUGAUACUUGCUCCAUUUUGUAAAAAUAAUGUUGAUCUGAAACUUAGAGGAGUAACCAAUAAUACUACAGAUCCGACAGUAGACAGAAUACAAACAGCUGCUAUACCAAUAUUGAAAAAAUUUCUAUCGGGAGAUAAUGAAGUUGUAUUAACCAUUCGUAAAAGAGGGGCAGCACCUUUAGGCGGUGGAGAAAUACACUUCAAAUGUCCUAUUAGUCGAAAUCUUAAGACAAUUCAGUUGGAAGACAGUGGAAUGGUAAAACGUAUUAGGGGUACAGCAUGCAGUAUAAGAGUUUCUCCAGCAAUUGCUAAUCGUAUUAUUGAAUCAGCGAAAAGUGUUCUCCUCAAGUUUCUACCAGAUGUAUACAUUCAUACAGAUCAUUGUAAAGGAGCAGCUAGUGGAAAAUCUCCAGGUUUUGGCGUUACUUUAACAGCAGAAACUAACAAGGAAAUAUUCUUUAGUGGGCAAGCAUUCUCACCAUUAAUGACAACAGGUUCAUUGCCAUGUAUUCCUGAAGAUCUUGGCAAACAAGCUGCAAUGGAACUUUUAGAUGAAAUUUAUAGAAAUGGAUGUGUAGAUUCUCCUUUUCAAAGUAUGACUGCUGCAUUUAUGGCUCUUGGCAAAAAAGAUGUCAGUAAAAUUACAGUAGGGCCAUUAACUCCAAUAAUGAUACAAUUUUUACGCGAUUUACGAGAUUUCUUUGGAGUUGUUUUUAAAAUAGAACCAGUUAAGGAAGAAGAUGAAGUACUACCACAAGUGCACUUAACUUGUUUAGGAAUAGGUUAUACUAAUAUAAGCAAACGAACUUUGUAAUCUUGUAGAAAUUGUAAAUAAUAUUGUAGUAUACAUAUA